UCAUUAAUUUUGAAAAGGGAAAACAAAUCGUUUCGUUUGGGCGAUGGUAGAAUAAGUGAAAUAAUGUGAAUUAUAAUCGAAUCACAGUGAAUAACGACAGAUAAAAGUAUUAAUCAGUGAAGCGGAAUUAAGAAACCAUGUCGUCCAGUCGAUCAAAAUCGUCGAUUCUCGACAAACCGCUAAGCAAAGGCAAGGGGGAGGUUUCAUUAGCAUUCUAUGCACUUUUAUUCUCCGAAAUAGUUCAAUACUGCCAGAAUCGUUCACAUUCUAUACAUGAACUACAGACCAAAUUAUCAGACAUUGGUCAUGAUGUUGGAACCAGGCUCCUGGAUCUAUAUUUUGUAAGAGAAAGGAACAGUAAGCGAGAGAUUAAGCUACUGAACAUGCUGCUGUUUGUAAAAUCUACUUUAUGGAAGGUCCUGUUUGGUAAGGAAGCAGACAAGCUGGAACAUGCCAAUGAUGAUGAGAGAACUUAUUACAUCAUUGAAAAGGAUGCUCUUAUCAACAAGUUCAUAAGUGUACCGAAGGACAAGGGCUCCCUCAACUGCGCCACAUUCAACGCUGGCAUCAUCGAAGCGGUACUCACUAAGAGUGGAUUUCCUGCCAAAGUAACAGCCCACUGGCACAAAGGGACUACCUACAUGGUGAAGUUCGAAGACUCGGUCAUAGCAAGAGACAAAUCCCUGGAUGAUCGCUAACUCUAGCGUCCAUAGCUUACAGUACAUCAAAUAAUUUUCCCGCCUUUCCUCUCGAGGGAACGAGACGCAAGUACACAAGAGCAAUACGAGUGACAGAGAUGACACAUAACCUCGAAAUGGCGGGUUUAUUUGAAUCUUACUGUACUAUAAUACAAUGCAAUGUUGUUAAGCUAUACUAUGUUGUAUGAAGUUCUUUCAUUGUUUAAUUUAAUUGAAUAUAGAAAUAUAAGCUUUUUAAUUGUA